AUGCGACCAGUACAUAAGCGAGUCACGAUUUUCCGACAACAUCGUUGUUACGAAGCUGGAAUACUCAACACAAGAGAACACUCCAGUUCACUGAACAUGGAAUCUGUGCGUCUCUACCGUGAAAUUUACGUCCCCACCUAUGAAAACGAGUCUUUCUGUUUGUGGACUGCUAUGGGACAAAUGAUUCCCCAAGAUUAUGUAUUGGCUAUGAUGCCAAUCAUUUUGUGGAUGUCUUUGGUUGUCUACGGCACCGUGAAUUCACGCUCAGUGCUCUCAUCGCUAAGCCUACGACGUUCGUUUAAGGAACUAACAAUGGAACGACACUCGCAGCUGGAUGUGUUGGAUGUGUUCCGAGUUGUUGCCAUUAUAUGGGUGAUGAUAAAUCAUACCGGUAGCGAAGGUCGUGUGGAUAUUCUGGAUCGCCUACCAUCAGCGGAAAAGUUCAAGACAUCCGUACAUAAUAACCCGAUCUUCGGAGCACUUCUUGGCAACUCCGCACUCGGUGUCGAGAUAUUCCUGGUGUUGUCCGGACUCCUUGGCGCUCGAUCAUGGUUGCGCAAGGCUGACCAACCAUUCUUCAAACACUACCGCGAGUUCAUUAUCAGACGAGUGCUCCGUUUGGCACCGUCGAUAAUUUUCUUCGUCUACAUCGCAUCUGGUCCUCUCACGAAACACUUCCUCCCAAGAUUCCACUCGUCUAUGAUCUCCGCCUGUGGUGUCACCGGGAUCGCAUCGCAUCUCACGUUCCUGGGCAACUGGCAGGCCACACCCACCUGCAUGGGAUACCUCUGGUACCUUGGAUUGGAUAUGCAACUGCACAUAGCUGCUCCUUUCCUUUUGCAUUUGCUCUAUAAGCGACCGUUUGUCGGAAAAAUCGCCUUUGCCGCAAUGAUUGUAGCUUCGAUGUUCAUUCGAGGCGCCUACUGUACCGCCUACGGUGUCUGUCACAAGAGUGAUGUUGAUAUACCGUUCAUCUCCUAUCCCGGUCAAGAUCCGAAAACGUUGACCAGCAUUUAUGCAGGCCUCUGGGAAAUGUACGCUCGUCCGUACACGAAAUGUGGCCCAUUUCUUCUCGGGCUGCUACUUGGCACUGCGACAACCAAGAUGAGACCGAGCCUGGAUCGCCGCAUGUCACGACUGAUCGCCACCCUCUUCUUCGUGUUGUCUGUUUGCGUCAUUUACGCGAUACUGCCGCAGUACUGGUAUGGCGACCACUUGACGCGCUACAACCUCUACUACACAGCCACCUUCCGAACAGUGUUCAGCAUCGGAGUCUGUGGAAUGAUUUUGGCGAUAGUUUCGCGUUUCGAGAGCAAAUCCUAUCCUGGAUACUGGGCGGCACUUGCUCGACUCACCUACAACACCUACCUUCUCCAUAUGCCAAUCAUCUAUCUCUUCAACUACCUACCAUACCUCCAAAAGGCCGAAGGUGCCACCGAGUUAUUGGUAGUGGUGCCGUUCGUAGCUCUGCUAAGCUUCAGCGCAGCAUCCGUGUUCUAUUUCUUCGUUGAAGCUCCCAUAGGACAUACCACAUUCUUCUGGAUUGAGAGAAUUGAUCAAAAGAUCGGGAGCAUUCUGUUCAUAUCGAAAAAUUGGCUCCAAUCUGCAUGUCUCCUUCGGUAG